GAACUUGGCUUAAUUAACAACAAAGUUUAAACUUGAGGGCAUUGUAAAAGUGGUAACUGUAUAAAUAAUAUAUCAAAAAUGUCAAUUCAUAUGCAUUUUAAUAAAGAAGAAAUUCCGGAAAAAGAAUCUGUUCUACACCUGAUGCCAUGUAAAAUUCAUGGCGAUGAAUCUGCAAAAGUUUCCUCUUAUUUUGAACCGUAUAUUCGACAGGAAAAUGAUGAAUGUUUACAAGCAACAUUUCGAGGCUAUCUUCUUCAAGGAAAAAAGGUCACAGUACCUAAAGGUUAUUCUGGCAUAACAUUCUUUGAAUACAAGAAGCCUGACACUGAAAAUACGGAAAGAAAUAUUUACUCUAAUGGAAAAUUCUCUGAAUUUACUUACUGGAAUUAUGACAAAAUACCUUCUAAAAACGACGCUUUAGUUGCCGCUUUAGAUUGGAUUGACAUUGCCGAGGCUCUUCACGUUCCAGAAAAAUCGGACGACAAAUCAUAGCGAAAGGAAAAUAUAUUUUUUUUAAACUAAAUUAAUUAUACGUAAGUUAAUUUAAAUAAUUUUUAACGAAUUAGUGAAAAACAUUGAAAGUCAAUAAGAUAUUUUGAAAAUAAAAAUAGACUGUAUACGAAAAUACCAUUUUUUUUGUUAUAUUUUUUUAAUGGAAAUUUGUAUCUAAAAUAAUGAUAAAACAUUAAAUAAGAUUCUUAUAAAUA